UUUCACAAGUUGUUUUCUUUUGGGUGACUUUUGCAAUCUAUACAAUUCACCAUGGGAGUCUCAACCUACACACAUGAUUAUUCAUCCCCUGUCGCUCCAUCGCGCAUGUUCAAGGCCUUGAUCACAGACUCAAGAACUUUGCUUCCAAAGCUCUUGCCACAGUUCAUAAAAGAGGUCAAAGUAAUCCAAGGAGAUGGAGAAGCUGGAAGCAUAGAACAAGUCAACUUUGCUGAAGCUAGCCCCUUUAAAUAUUUAAAACACAGGAUUGAUGAGGUUGAUAAUGACAACUUGGUGUGCAAAUACACUAUGAUUGAAGGAGAUCCAUUGGGUGACAAGCUUGAGUCUAUAGCAUAUGAGGUUAAGUUUGAGGCCAUUAGUGAUGGGGGUUGCCUUUGUAAAAUGACAAGCAAAUACAAUAUCAUUGGUGAGAUUGAAGUCAAAGAGGAAGAGAUAAAGGAAGGAAGGGAAAGCUCCUUAGGAAUUUGCAGGGUUGUGGAAGCCUACCUGUUGGAGAAUCCACUAGUCUAUGCUUGAUUAUUCUAGUUGUUUUUGUCAAGUAUACAGAUAUUGUUCAAAAGCAAGUUUAUUCAAUUUUUGAAUAACAGUGUGCACUCGAAUAUAGGGACACAGAUUGUUUACAAAAUAUUGAACUCCCUAAUAAGUCCUUAGCCAUCAAGGGCAUAAAAGUGGUUUGGCAAAUAUUUGUACUUUGGUAGUAACAAAGAUUGGAAAUUC